UUUCCCUCAUUACUCUCUCUCUUCUCACCGAUAAUCUAUACCACUUCACGCGGUAAUCAGCCAAUCCAACACCAGAGCCUUCAUAAUUUUCUUGGAUCGAAGCAUUUUUCGUUGAGGACUUCGCAAUGUAUGUUGCGAGCAGCGCAACGAUGAUGGGUUGUGAUGGAAGCAUUUGAAGAAGAAUGUAUAGCAACUUCAAUAGGGGAGAAAAGGGGGUUUAGGGUUUGGAGAUGUUUAUGCGUGGAACUGAGGUUCAGCCUUCCAAAGGCUGCACCUUGUUCCAGAGGCUGCAUCUUUUACUGCCGUUCUCAAAUUUACAGCCGAAGAAUUCAAAGUGCCUCUUCAGACCAGCGCUAUUAUCACCAAUGGUUGUGGCUACACGAAAUGGUGCCUGAAAACAUGAAGAAACAACUUGCUUUGGCUUUGAGAAGCAUCCAGUGGAGCUACGCAAUCUUCUGGUCCAGUUCAGCUACCCAACCCGGAGGAGUGAGCAACUGCGAGAGCUAUUCAAGUCCCUCAAAACUGCAGAAACCAGCCCACAAACCAAAAGGCCUUCAGCGGCAGUCCCCUGAAGAUCUUACAGAUACUGAGUGGUAUUAUUUGGUUUGCAUGUCCUUCGUAUUCAACAUUGGCCAAGGGUUACUAGGAAGAGCUCUAGCAAAUGGCCCACCCAUUUGGCUCAACAAUGCCAAUUCCACUGAUUGUAGAGUUUUUAGUCGCUCUCUGCUGGCAAAGGUUUCAAUGAUAGAAUCCUAUUUACGGGCUAAUAGGAUGUUUGUGGACUACAGUGAGCCUCAAAUGGAGAGUUUACUCAUCAUAUUUGGAGCUCAAUCUUAACCUGUGUCUCAGGUCCAAAAAGGAAUUUCAUCCAAAGAUGGCAUUGAUGAUCGAUUGAAAGUGUGGGAUGAGAAAUACCAACCUUGGGUGCAUGUCCCUGCAUUUGCUCCAUAUUAUUCUCCUCAAGCUGAAGUAAAUUCACUUGCCUAUAUGAUUGUAUACUCAACAUUUUCAGUUUCAUAUAUAGAAUUUUCAGUUAGGCUUAAUAUCUAAGAUUACUCAGGUUUAAACAUUUGUAGUAUUAUUGAUAUUUUGAUUCCAAUAUUAAAUUU